AUGGUGCAUGCGCUGAGGACCAAUGAUAACUUCUCUAAAGAUUUCAUGGCUAUCAAAUCUGACAUGUCCAAGGCAUACGAUCGGGUAGAGUGGAAUAAUUUGAAGGCGCUGUUGACGACUUUGGGUUUUGUUGAGGUAUGGAUAGAGAGGGUUAUGUUUUGCGUGUCAUCGGUCACUUUCUCCACACUGAUUAAUAAUCAAGCCUUUGGGUGCAUCCAACCAGAGAGAGGGCUCAAGCAAGGUGACCCGAUGUCUACAUUCCUCUUUAUACUGUGUACAGAGGGCUUGAUUCACAUGUUGAACACGACAGCAAGGAAUGAUAAGAUUCAGGGCAUCAGAUUCGAUGAAGAGGGUCCGAUGAUUCAUCACAUGUUAUUCGCCGACGACAGUUUGCUAAUCUGUAGAGCGAAUCAGAACCAAGCUGCAGAGUUGAUGAGAAUCCUUAAGGUGUAUGAGAAAGCGGCUGGUCAACAAGUGAGUACAGCUAAGUCUGCGAUUACUUUUGGAUCCAAGGUGCAGGAGGAUGUUAGAAAUGUGAUCAAAAGAAUUACCGGAAUCCAUAAGGAAGGGGGUUCAGGUUCUUACCUAGGAUUGCCUGAAUGCUUUAGUGGGUCCAAGACGGAAAUGCUGGCGUACAUCUACGACAGACUAAAGGAUAGGCUCUCCGGAUGGUUCAUGAAACAGUUGUCGCUAGGAGGGAAGGAAAUUCUAAUCAAGGCAAUGGCCAUCGCUAUGCCUAUCUAUGCCAUAUAUUCAAAGCUUCAAUCAGUCGUUACUGGCCAACAAGCGUGGAGGAUCCUCAAUGAGCUGGAAUCUAUUUUUGCCAGAGUCUUCAAGAGCCGCUACUUCCCCUUCGGCGAGUUCUUAGCUGCCUCAAACGGGCCUAGACCCUCCUAUGCAUGGCGGAGCAUUCAGUUUGUCAAGGAAUUACUUGUUAUGGGCAUCAAAAAGAAGAUUGGCAAUGGUAAGACAAUGUCUGUGUGGGUUGAUGCUUUGAUUGAAGGCGAAGUGAUGAGGAGACCUUUAAUGAAAAACAUCUUUGUCGACCUCUUGCUAUGCGUGGAUAAGUUGAUUGACGAGGACAAUAGAUGCUGGAAUUUAAACAUCCUCCAUGAUCUGUUCUUUGAGGAAGACGUCGCAAGGAUAGUGGUAAUGAAACCAGUCUUUGAGGGAGAAGAUUUCUGGGUUUGGCAGCACAACAAGCAUGGAAGUUACUCGGUUAAAUCGGGGUAUUGGUUAAAAAACAGAAUGGCGAGGGAGGAAGAGAUAAGAGAAGCUGAAGCCCUGCCCUCUCUAAAUGAGUUGAAGAGUGCGUCGUGGAAACUCAAGAUUCCUCCUAAGAUUAAAACUUUUCUAUGGAGAGCCUUAAGCUAG